CAUAAUUCCUCUAAAACCUCUGCCACCUCACCUGGGAACUUCGGAAGAAGAGAGUGAGACGGAGACCGAUAGCUCGAAGCCCUAUCGUCCCGCCAGGUCUCGCCGUCGGCCGUACCCCACCGGAUAGAAGACCAAACAAAGACGGAGAAGAAUGUCGUCGACGCUACUGGAGGUGACGCGUGCGUCGCACGAGGAGAUAGAACGACUCGAGCGGCUCAUCGUGAAGGAUCUCCAGGCCGAGCCGGCUACCAACAAGGACCGCCUCCACCAGAGCCACCGCGUUCGAAAUGUCAUUGAGCAAAUACUCGAAACCACGCACAAAAUCGUUGAUAUCUACGAAGAUAAAGACGGUGCACGGAAGGAUGAGAUUGCAGCUCUUGGAGGCCAGACUGCAACUGGAACUAACGUGUUCAGUGCUUUUUAUGACAGAUUAAAGGAGAUCCGGGAAUACCAUAGACGGCAUCCUGCUGCACGUGUUGUCGAUACCAGUGAUGAGUAUGAGCAGCUUCUCAAGGAGGAGCCACAGAUGGAGUUUAGUGGGGAAGAGGGGUUUGGGCGAUACCUAGAUUUGCAUGAACUGUUUGGUGAAUAUAUUAACUCCAAAUUUGGUGAGCCAAUUGAAUAUACUGCUUAUCUUGACGUCUUCUACAAACCACACAAGAUUUCGCGCAAACUGAAGUCAACAAGGCAGUACAGGGAAUAUUUGCAGAAGUUACUUGAGUAUUUGAUAUAUUUUUUCGAGCGGACAGAGCCUUUGCAGGACACUGAUAGGAUAUUUUCAAAGGUGGUUGCUGAGUUUGAAGAGCAAUGGACAAAUGGGAGCUUUGAAGGAUGGGAUGAUGAUUCUCAGGAAAAUGGGAGUGCUUCAAUGGAUCAUACUGUGAUUGAUCUUGACUACUAUAGUACAGUUGAGGAAUUGAUGGAAGUGGGCCCUGAUAAGCUGAAGGAGGCAUUAGCUGCACUAGGAUUGAAGUCAGGAGGUACUGUCCAGCAGCGUGCUGAAAGACUUUUCCUUACAAAGCAUACACCUCUUGAAAAAUUGGACAAGAAACAUUUUGCUAAAGGUUCUCGGGGUCCUGAGCGGAAUGGUGGUGGUGCUCCUCCACAACUGAAUGAAGAUGCAAAAGAAGUUGCACUUAUGGAAGCGAAAAUAAGAAAGCUCUGUGAUCUAUUGGAGGAGACAAUUAUCCGCACAAAGGAAAAUGUUGAGAAGAAACAGGCUCUGACAUACGAGGAAAUGGAGGCAGAACGGGAAGAGGAAGAAGUACAAGCAGAGUCAGAGAGUGAUGAUGAAGAGCAGCAGAUUUAUAACCCCUUGAAGUUGCCCAUGGGCUGGGAUGGGAAACCUAUUCCGUAUUGGUUAUAUAAACUUCAUGGGCUUGGUCAGGAAUUCAAGUGUGAGAUCUGUGGGAACCACAGUUACUGGGGUCGUAGAGCAUAUGAACGACAUUUCAAGGAAUGGAGGCAUCAACAUGGGAUGCGAUGUCUUGGUAUCCCGAAUACCAAGAACUUCAAUGAGAUUACAUCUAUUGAGGAAGCAAAGCAACUUUGGGAGAGAAUCCAGGAGAGACAAGGUCUUAACAAAUGGCGCCCAGAUCUUGAGGAAGAGUAUGAAGAUCAAGAAGGCAAUAUCUAUAACAAAAAGACAUACACAGAUCUGCAACGGCAGGGUUUGAUUUAGAGGUCAGCUUUUACCAGCCGUGUUUAUGUGGGAGAUCUUCUAAACUCGGCAAGGCUUCUUAGGCAUCAUGUUUGGUGCAAGGAAAUUGUGAGGGAAGCGGAAAGUUUGUAGCGUGUAAUAGAGGGAUCCCCUAGAACACCAGAGGAGGCAGUCUAUUAUACCAGAAGAGAUGGAUGAUGGAAUGUUUCCAUGUAUCUUUUAACAGCUUUUCCAACAUUGGGAUCCAUUCUAACACCAGAUAUAGUCAUAUAGACUUCUUGAAGGGGGAAAAAAAAUCCUAAACGGAAUUUGGUAUUUAUGAUUCUACAAUUUUCAUGUUUGCUUUUGAUGUAUUUGCUUUGCUGCAGAUCUUGGUUCUGUUAGAUUAUGAUGUAUGUUGGGAGAAGAUUAUGAUGUCUGUAUAAUUAAUGUCUUGGCAAUUGUACUUUUUGGCUUAUUAAUUAUGAAGGCGCUUGGCUGCUUU